AUCCAAAAAGAAAAUAUCCAAUCUGGUUGACAGUGACUCGGACGAAGAGAAUUCUGUUAACAGUGGCAAUGACAGCGAAAUGGAUUUAGAUGCAUCGGCUAGAGCAUGUAAUUUUGAAGAAAAUAAUAACGAAGAGGAUGGGUCACUAAAACGAAAGGAUAAAAAUAAAAAACCUGUUCGGGCAUCUGCAAAGAAGGCUAUGGAUGAAAUGCAAGCCAUUCAAAGUGAACAACAAAGAUUGCAUCGAGAAGCCAGUAUAAGCAUACCCUAUCAUAAACCUAAGAAACAUACACUACAAGAUUUUCUCAAUCGAAGAACAAUCAUUAAACCCGAGGCCCAAAACAGCAGUCCAAUUGUUGAAGCGGUGCGAUCUAAAAAUUUGAAAAUGACCCAAGAAGAAUUAGAGGAAUAUGCUAAGCUAAUGGAAGAAAGAGCUAAGGAAGCAACCGAGUUCUUUAAAUCUGAAUCCGAAGAAGAGGAGGAAGAAGAAGUAUUCAAAGACAAUGACGGCGUUAUUGACAAGCCAAUGGAUCAGCAAAAUCUCGAGAAUAACGAUCCUAAACCUGCAACAGAAUUAACUGAAAACAAUUCUGAACCUCUUCAAUUGACUGAAGAAGAAAUGGCUGAAAUUUUAGCUGCAGAAGAACAGCAAGAAACUACUGAGGACAAUCAGAAUACUGAUGCAGCAUCAACCUCUAAAGUUCUUAUAACCGAAGUUAUUGAAUUGCCAAAACUGGAUAUGAAUACAGUAAAAAUAAGUCCGGUUAAGAAACCUCCGCCCCCAGCAGCUCCACAACAGACACCUAGAAACUCGUUGAAUAUUAAACAAAUACUGGCCACUAAAAAUCUUAAAGGUAGACCAUCUCUAAGUGGCGAUCCAAAUAAGUUAAUCGAUUUGGAGACGGGCGAUUUGGUGGAACGCAAACCAACAGGUGUGGAAAAUCUAAUGCAGCGUUUAAUGUGUAAUACCAAAGGGCGAAAAUCAAAAACCAAUGAAGUCUGUAAUAUCCUGUCAACGGAAAAUGGAAAAGUAGAAAUUACUAAAAUCAAUGUUAGUCUUACGGACGAGAAGGAUCCCACAACAAAGGAACCAAAACCACGAGCGGCAUAUUUCGAAUUGAAAAAGAAUCUCAAGGAAAUCAUAAAAAAGAAGAGACUUGAAGAAUUAAAUAAAAAACAGGAAGAUGAAGCGGAACACAGCAAGUGUCUCGAAGAAGAUGAUGAUAUGUAUCAAGAGGAGGAAUAUGAACCAGAAUCAAAACCACAUAAAAAAGGCAGUGAAAUGGAGAUUGAUGAUGAAGAAAAUCCUGUGGAAGGUGCAGAUGAGGAAGAGGAGGAUGAUGAAGAAGAAGAAGGAAAUGAGGAUGGGGAUGAGGAGGAUGAGGAUGAAGAUGAAACUGAUACAAAAUUAAAAGCAAAUAAAGAAAUUGUGAUUGAUGACGAAGAAAAUCCUGUCGAUGUUGCGGACGAAGAAGAUGCUGAUGACGACGACGAGGAAGAAGAAGAGGAGGAGGACGACGACGAGGAUAGUGAUGCUGACGAAUUAACUGAGACCAACCCGAGCAACAAAACAAAACGGAAUCGUAUUAUCAAAACGUUUGAUGAUUCCGACGAAGACAAAGAUGAUAUAGAUUUUCUCAAAACUCAACCUCCACAAACCCAACUAAACAUAUUUGAUACUCAAACUUCCUCAAAACCAGAUGAGGAAAGCGAAUUAAUGGGGUUGUGUUCGGGAACAUUUGACAUUACACAAAAACCACCCUCACCUAAUGCCUUGAUGUCACAAAUACCACUUACACAAAAUCAAGGUAAACCAUUGGAUGAUGACGAGUUGAUGGAAUUGUGUUCAGGAACAUUUGAAGAGCCAGUGGGCGCAACCCAACAAACCCAGUCAAUGAAUCCAAAUACUAGCGAACAAACUAUGCAAAUAAAGUGCAAUAAGAUUGUAUCAAGCGACGACGAAGAAGAAGAGGAGGGAACGACAAAAUCAGCACCCAGAACUAAGAAAUUAACAAAGAAAUUGAAAAAGAAAGCAGCUAAACUUGGUUUCUCUGAUGAUGAGGAGGAGGAAGUAGAGGUAAAUCCAAACCAAGACGACGAAAACGAAGAGGAGGAGGAUGAUGAAGUAGUAGAACUUGCAGAUGAUGAACCCGCUACAUUUGUUGACUAUGAUUCUGAAGAAAAUGAAAUUGUUGUACAAAUGACAAAGAAAGAUUGCCUCAAGAAAGCAGCAAACUUCCUGGAAAAAGAAGCGGAACUCUCUGAAUCUGAGUGGGGUAGUGCAGAUGAAGAUGAAAAGAAUCUAGAUAAAUACGACAUUGAAUUGGGGGAUGAAGAUGAAUUCGAUAAAGAAAAAUUACGUUCGGAGUUGGAGCAAAUACAUGCGCGAAAAAUGUUGGAUGAUGAUUUGCGUGAAGUUAGAAAAAUUCAAGAUAUGCUCUUCGAGGAUGAGGAAAAAGAUGGUGUUGGACGCCAAAGACAAUUCAAAUGGAAAAAUGCCGAAAGUGGUUUCAGUUUGGAUGACGGUCCAAAGGAUGAAAACGGCGAUCCCAACAAUGGUGGCGAUAGUGGUGAUGAACUAAAUGAACAUCAGUGGCGUAAAAUACGCUACGAGCGUGAACAGUUCCUAAAGGAGAAAGGUCUUAAACCUGAUUCUCAAGAUUUAUCUACCACCAUUACAAAUACAACGUUAAAUGCUACAAAUAACACAACACUAGCGAAUACAACAAUGGCGGCAUCGCUGACAACGAAAAAAAUACAAAUUAUUACCGCCAAGAAGACUUCGGUUAAGAGCGCUGAUUCAAAAACAGCUACACCUUUCUUGAUCUCAAAAGGCAUAGCUACCAUGAAUAAGAAAACUGUGCGUGGUUCAUUUUUAGUACGCGACAAAGAAACUCUAAAUAAAUUAGCUGGCCUUACAAAGGGAAGUGCUGCCGCUAUGGCAAAUGCUACAGAUAUGGAUGCAGCUGGUACUGUCUCCAUAAAAAGUGUAAAACCGAAAAAUUUCGUCUUUGCAACUCUAACAGAAGAGGAACAUGAAAAUAUGAAACGCAAAGCCGAUGAUUUAUUAAAUAGCAGCACUGAAAAUGGUACGAAUUUCAUGAAGAAACCGAAAAUUGAACCACGUCGGGAUAAAUGUUUUAUUGAUCAGUUGUUGUAA